UUCUUCUUGUUGAAGAAAGAAUCUUGACUAAUUCGAUUCGUCUCUUCUUGGUUUAUGUUGUGAGAUAAGAAAAAAAGAAUUGAUUUUUGCUCAAAAAUGUCCCAAAUACUUUAUCCAGACUUAACUCGCAUAACUCCCAGAGCCGAGGAUCUGCUCAAUACAGUUCAGUUAAAGUGCGAAAUCAAUGGUUGUCAAUCGGUUUUCAAAAACUCUGGCAAUCUCCAAAUGCAUCUCCAGAAACACCACAAACUCACGAUCGCAACCAAUAUAAAGGAGCAGAAAUUGUAUUUCUGCCCGCAAGUCGGUUGUGUCUACUUUGAUGGGCCGGGAAAUGAAAAAAGCUUCAAAUGUUUAAAGUUCCUAAAGCAGCAUUUUCACAAGGUUCACGCUGAAAAGAAGUUUAGCUGCACCAAGUGCAAUAAAGCAUUCGGUACGCAAUCGAUCCGGGACUCCCAUGAAAGAAACUGUGGCAGGGAGUACAUUUGCACUGAAUGUGGCUGGAAGUAUGACAGCUCGGAGGCACUGCUCACUCAUGCCAAACGAAGGGGCCAUCAAGUCAAGAGGAAGUCUGCAGAAAAAGUGGCCAUUCCAAAGCUGGAAAAGCAGGUUAUUGCUCCGAAGCUGAUGCCCGAGAUUAUCAACAUCUACAUCCCAGUGUCCAAAGAUAGCCAAACACAGACUGAAGUUGAUACUCCAAGUCUUAUUCUUCCCCCAAAAAAGAGAAUAAAACUCGACUUUAUUCCAGAAAUCACCAUGUUCCCCGAAACAUCUCUGUGCAACAUAGAAACUCAAACCGAACUCAACUUGAUCUCGGGCAUGGGUGACCCAAUGCUGUAUUCCAACACCCAAACGCAGACCUGCGAUGAGUUCUUAUCGGAACUCGGUCUUUCCGAUAUUCAAACCCAAACCAAUUGGCCGGCGAUGGAUGAUGACGAUGGCCAAGGCAGUAAUGGCCAGUACUUAUCGGGAGCACAUGACGAGCUGAUGGUCUCGACUGAAACUCAGACCAGUUUCACCCAAUGUCUUCUGGACUCGUGUAAUGGAGAUAACUCCUUGACCGGGAGCAUCACUCAGCACACCCAAACCUGCGACACCCUGCUUGAGGGAUUAUUCGGUGCACAGGAUAGUGAUUUUAUUGGGAACUUUCAGUCGACGCACACGCAAACAUGAUGGUUUGACAUGGAUUGCUUCAAAUCCGAAUCCAAUGACAGAUAACUAUGGCCUCUUGAAGGCAAUGCAGAGCCUACAGAGACAACUAAAGUGGCAGUGGCAAAGGAGAAUCUCCAAGAAGGAACUGAAACUAACGUUGAUUGGACGUUGUACAUAGACUCAUCUAAUUCAUUUUUCAAUUAACGUUUUUAUUCAUCUCUUUUUGUUUCUCUCUUGUUUUUGUCAAUAAACAGUUCAUUAAAAAUGUUGCAA